AUGGCUAGUACGCGCGAGGGUCGGCAGGCGGGUGACUCGAGUACCUCCAAACCUCAUGACGAUAUUUACAAAACUCUUUGUGCUGAUGUUGAAGCCUUUAUCAAGACGUUCUACAAGCAUGUCAAAACUAAUGAUUUGAUUGAAAUUGAAAAUGACUACGUUGUCAAGUUUCCAAAACUCACUGAACAGUAUUUUAAAACCACUCGUUGGCCUCCUGCGGAAGCCAUUUCUUCUCUUGUCAAUAAGGGUAGAACAUUUGCGAGUACUCUAAUUACUCUUUUAGAUUCUAUAUUUAUGAUGCUCUAUAACGAGCUGUUCUAUCGUCAUUUGUACGCACAUGUUACGUCUUUUCCAGAAUUGGAGGAAGCUCACCAGUCUUAUCUAAACUAUUGCGCACUAUUCGAUGCUCUUUUAAAGCCAAAAAAUCCGGUUCAGUUGGAGUUGCCUAAUCAGUGGCUUUGGGACAUUAUUGACGAGUUCAUAUACCAGUUUCAGAAGUUUUCCACCUAUCGCAGCAAGCUUAAACGCAAACCCGAAGAUGAUGCUUUUUUGGGGCUAAACCCCUCCACCUGGAGCAUUCAAGGUGUUCUCGGCAUUUUGUUUCAGCUCGUGGAGAAGUCGAACAUAAACCUGCAGCUGAGUUACUACGCUAUGCAGCGCGACCCCUACGAAGUGGCCGGCCCCUUCGGCCAGUGUGACCUCUACAAGAUGCUGGGUUUCUUCAGUCUUGUGGGUCUCUGUCGGGUACACUGCCUUCUGGGUGACUACUUUACUGCUCUCAAGAUGCUCGAGCAUGUACAAUUAAGUCGGCAAGAGAUGUACCAUGAAGUUCCGACCUGCCAUAUCACCACAGGCUACUAUGUUGGCUUUGCCUACCUCAUGAUGCGACGUUUCCAGGAUGCAGUACGCACCUUUACUCAUACUCUGGCCUACAUUGCUCGCGUCUCUGCUUGCGUUGCGCAGCGACCUGAUCUGCGGGAGUAUGUUGUGAAACAGGCUGACCAAAUGACAAGCCUUCUGGCUAUCUGCAUUACCAUCGAUCCGAUGCCGAUUGACCAGACUGUGGAGCAGCAUUUGAAAGAAAAGUUUGCUGAAAGCUUAAACCGACUGCAGCAAACGAACAAGGAUGAGUUUACCAUGUGCUUUGACAUUGGCUGCCCGCGCUUCGUAAACCCAGAUGCGAAGGCAACGGAACGAGUGAACUACGCCCUGGAUGCUCAGCGCCACCAGAGCACGGUGUUUCGCAGCGAGCUUGAUCAAUACUGGAUCGAGUUGCCGCGAUUGCGGUCCUUCCUCAAGCUUUACACUUCUCUUCCUGUGGAAAAAUUGGGCCACUUUUUGGACGAGAAUGAGGAGGACGUACAUUCCUUGCUGAUGCGUUUCAAGCACCAGUUGAAGAACGUUACAUGCACGGGAGAGACUUGUGGUAGCCUGGAAGGUACACUGCAACUCCUCUGUGAUACCGACUUCUAUGUUGAUGGAGAGAUGAUCCACGUCGCCGACAUGAAGGUGGAUCGCCGUUUCUCAGAAUUCUUUAUGCUGCAGUUGGAGAAGCUGCGUGAGGUCUGUUUCGGCUGCUUAAAUAUAAUCAGUAGACAUUUUGGCACAGUUAACUGA